AUGAUAAAGAUGAAUACACGUGCGAUUAAGAUCAGCGCGCCUACGAAAUUGGGCCUCGGGCCUCGACUACACCCCUUGCUACUCCAGAGAAGCUAUGCGACACAGACAGGUCUAGGAGCGACCUCCGCGCCUGGGCCGAAAAGGAAAACGAUUACGCCCUUCAACGAUAAUGGAUCAAUUCCUUGGUCACAACUUUCGACAGGAGAGAAGGCAGCUAGGGCAACACAGCAGAGCUUCAACUUUGGGUUGAUUCUGGCUGGUCUGGCAGGCGGAGUGGUAUACGUUCUUUGGUCGGACGUGAUAUCUCCGGACAGCAAGACCGCACAUUUCAACCGUGUCGUCGACAGGAUCAAGAAUGAUCCGAAGUGCAUAGAGAUGCUGGGAGACCCCAAAAAGAUUUCAGCGCAUGGAGAGGAGACGAACAACAAGUGGCGGCGCGCUCGCCCGAUUGCCUCGACUAUCAACACUGAUUCAAGAGGUCACGAGCACCUGCUGGUGCACUUUCACGUCGAAGGACCCCUCAACAAGGGUGUGGUAUACCUGCACAUGGUCAAAACGCCAAGCUCUGGCGAAUUCGAGUACAAAUAUCUUUACCUCGAUGUACGGGGCCACCAGAGAUACUACCUGGAGAAUGCGGAUACUGCGACAGGCAUCGGAAAGAAAGGGGUCAGGUUCCUCGGGAUCAACUGGGGUUGA